AUGCCGGACCGGGGGGAGCGGUCGCAAGAGAUGGAGGAGGAGGAGGCGGACAAGAUGACAGUUCAGUUUUUCCUCGUGGGGGCUUCCAAGGACGAUGGACAUGUUACAUACAAGAUACAAGACGACGAGGAGAGCUUGCUGGCGGCUCAAGUUCAGCUCAACCGGAGGAUCGACGAGCACGUGAAAGGCUACUUAUGGCAGCAAGACGACUUCAGGCUGGAAGUCGCGAAUGGCGACCCAGUCACACCCGGGCAUCUCAAGGGGACAGUGAGGUAUGGGGACAACGUGGAGGACGAGUGGCUGUGUAUCUCCAUCAUCUUCCUCCUCACCCAGGGGGAGCGAAACUUGAUCGCUAGGGUGUGGGACAGUGACGGGGAGAUCCUCCUCAUCGAGAGCGCUGAGAGCCUUCCCAAGUGGCUCGAGCCAGACACAGCCAUCAACCGCGUCUUCGUGCAUGCUGGUAAACUUCACAUCCUCCCUCGUGACAUCCUGCGCGGAGAGGCUCCUUCCUUGAGAGAAGCCCUCCAAGCGCUGCUCCCCUUCUCCUCCUCCUCGAACCCGCCGACACAGGCAGACGAGCCCGUGCAGGAGAGCUUGCGAGCAAGAAUGCGCGGGUACCCUGAGCGAGCGAUUAGAGAGUCCCCUCACCGCAGCUUUUGCUUCCUCCCGCUCUCCAUCGCCAAGCUGCUGCAACGUCGACCUCAGCUUCUCUCCGCUGCUGUCCGCUGCUUCUAUGCCCGAGGGCCCGAGGACGUAGACGCGGCCUCCCGGCUGGAGAAGUUUGGAGGAGGGCAGAGAGGCUACGUGCAAGUUCGCUUCACUCGCUGCCUGUACGCCCAGCUGGUCAAGCAGACGUUCUUUGCUCCCCGGGGCUUCCAGCUGCCUGACGAGAAAGACCCGACGUUCCGCUGGCACGAGAACGGCAUGAAGCUCACGGCAGCCUUCGAGAUGCUCUACCGCCGCAACCCCCUGAGGGAAGAGGAGCCGGCCUGCUUCUCCUCCUCCCUCCCCCUCCCCCUUCAGCAGCCGCCAGCUGCAGGAAGCAGCACACAGGGAGCUGAGCUGCGAGGGCCGCGAUGGGAGCGCUACAUGCGGUCGCUGGAGCGGUUUGGAUUCUUUGAGGGGGAACGAGAAGGGUCGAAGAAGCAUCGAGAGCUCGUUGCUCAAGCCGCUGCCUUCUUCAGCUCGAGCCGUGCUGGGGGAGAAGGACAGGAGGGUGUUGCCGAGCUGAUGGACUGUUUGAUCAAGGAGGAAGAGGGGGAGGAAGGGAGAGAGCUGCUGACGUCAAACCCACGUGCCGAGGAGGAAGAUGCUGAAGAUUGGCUUGACAUGGGGCCCGAGGACCUCGAGAAGUUACUCUCCUCCUCCGCUCACCGGGGACGAGCAACGGAGGAGGUCGUGGCUGAUGAUCUGGUGGAGACCAUGCAGGGCUUCAUGCAGAAGAUCUCUUCCUACGAGGGGGCGGAGGACGCAAAGCGAGGAGAAAAGGCGAAAGGGGGGGAGAAGGCGGGAGGAAGAGAGGAGAAGAACAAGGAUGAGGACGAGGACACCAACGGCGCAGGAGUUGGAGAUUUGAACGUCGGAAAGUUUCUAAGCGCUCUCGGGCGGUCACUGGGAGUGGAUGAAUGGUUGGAAGACGAGGAGGAGGAGGAGGUCAUCUUGUAUCUUCCGUUUGCUUCUUCCUCAUCGCAGCUUCUCACAGAUGUCAGGGACGAGCGACGAAGACCUUGA